AAGCUGUAGUGAAAAGGGCCGUAGAGCGGAGUGCGACUGUGUCCAUGGCACAACUAUGAGGACGAGCCGACUGACGCCCGCGGAUGUAGGAACAACUUAUCAUCGCUUAUCCUCGGGGAGUGCGACUAAGAAACAGCUUUGGUGGAAGUACAUUUGAUGCGAUUUAAGCUGAAAACACGGAUGAACUGACGAUAUUUCCACGUUCACGGUUAGUCAAUUCUAGUUGAAGAUCGCGCAACUUUGCUCUAUUAAAAUGGCCGUUCAUGGCAAUUCCUUAAUGCCUUUUUCCAUCCAAGCCAUCCUGAACAAAAAGGACGACAGUCGACACUUUGCUGAGGUUGACAUGUGCUUCUCUAAGGCAGCGUGCUGGAAAAUAUUUGGUGAUAUGAACAGUGUUUCUCGAAGAGACGACGGCGAAGUUUGUGAACGCGCGGACCAGAAGAUCUACGAUUCUGACUCGGGACUGAGCGACGACACCGAGAGCAAACCUCUGUCUGCGUGUAAAUCUGAGAAAGAUGCGGACAAUGUGUCAGAUAUUCCAGAAGAAAGUCUGCACGAAGAGACGGACCACGAGUCCACGUGUGUGGAACACACUAAAAGUGACAGCGAGCCCAAUAACGCAACAGAUUCAAGCACAAUGGAGGACAAAAGUCUUGACCAGCCCAAACAGAGGAAGAAGCGCUCCAGAGCGGCCUUCUCACACGCGCAAGUCUUUGAGCUGGAGCGUCGCUUCAAUCACCAGCGGUACCUGUCAGGUCCGGAGCGGGCGGACCUAGCGGCUUCUCUCAAACUCACAGAGACUCAGGUGAAGAUCUGGUUCCAGAACCGCAGGUACAAGACCAAGCGGCGCCAGAUGGCCGCUGACCUGAUGGCCUCCACUCCAGCGGCCAAGAAAGUGGCAGUGAAGGUUCUGGUGAGAGACGACCAGAGACAGUACAGCCCGGGAGAGAUCCUACGGCCUCCGCUGCUCUCACUGCAGCCGCCUUAUUACUAUCCAUAUGCGUACUGCCUACCUGCGUGGACAUUAUCUGCAUGCACUGGCAAUCAGUGAGAACACCUCCAAUUAGAUCAUAUUUAUUCAUUUGUUUUAUUCCACUGAUCUAUAGGAAAUUGAACUGUUUAAAGAGGAGAUACAAUUCCUUUUAUAAACAAAAACCUCAUCUUCCAUUGGCAGUGGUAAAACGUCUCCUUCUCCAAAGUGAACUAUUGGCCGAGGACUGUGUGUCAGUGUGUAAGCCUCUGAAGGCCUUUUCUGGAGUGGAGCUGUGGUAAACAUCAUUCUGACUGAAAGGAAAAAAAAAAACAUGUUUGGUUUCUAUUUGAGAUUCACCUUCCUACCUCUGCAGUGGCAACAGGCAAAAUCUUUGUAUUAUAGAAUGUAUCUUUUGUGUUUGGAAAGGUAUAAAAAUCUGCACUUUGAGCUUAAACACAUUAUUUCUAUGUUAAUUAUAAACGUUUUUAUUUUGUAUUCAUGCAUCAGGCUAAACUAUGUAGCUGAAAGGGACCAAAACAGACAAACCCUCUAAAAUGUAUGUGCUGUUUGAAACUAUUAAAACAUAUCUACAUAUCUUUUUUUUU